GCGGUGACGAUGGCCCUCGGUGGCUCGACGAACGCGGUCUUGCACCUGAUUGCGGUCGCCCGUGCGGCCGGCGUGCCGUUGACGAUCGACGAUUUCGACGCGAUUGGCGAGCGCACGCCGUACAUUGCCGACCUCAAGCCCAGCGGCAAGUUUGUCAUGGAAGAUCUGCACAACGUCGGCGGGAUUCCUGCGGUCGUCAAGUACCUCCUCGAGAAGGAUCUGCUCCAGGGCGAUGCGCUCACCGUCACGGGCAAGACGCUCGCCGAAAACGUGGCAAACCUCCCGAGCCUCUCGGACAACGGCCGCAUUAUCCACGCGGUCGAGACGCCCAUCAAGGCCUCGGGCCACAUCCGCGUGCUGCGGGGCAACGUCGCGCCCGAGGGCGCUGUCGCCAAGAUCACAGGCAUGGAGGGCCUCCACUUCAAGGGCGUGUGCAAGGUCUUUGACAACGAAGAAGAUAUGCUCAAGGCGCUCGAAGAUGGCGAAAUCACCAAGGGCACGGUGAUUGUGAUUCGCUACGAAGGCCCGAAAGGCGGCCCGGGCAUGCCCGAGAUGCUCACGUGCACGUCGGCGCUCUUUGGCGCUGGCCUCGCCAACGAUGUCGCCAUGCUGACCGACGGCCGCUUCUCGGGUGGCUCGCACGGCUUUAUCAUUGGCCACAUUACGCCCGAGGCCCAAGUCGGUGGACCCAUCGCGCUGCUCCAGAACGGUGACGUGGUCACGAUCGAUGCAGUCAACAACCGCGUCGACGUCGACUUGACGGAGAAGGAACUCGCGGACCGCGCCAAGGAAUGGCGCGCACCGCCGCUCAAGGUCAACCGCGGCGUGCUCUACAAGUACAUCCAGAACGUCUCGUCGGCGUCCCAUGGCUGCGUCACGGACGAGUAGUCGUAGUCGUAUGUAGUAGGACCGUAUAAAUAAAAAGGGCUGUACCAAGGCCAACUCGUUUAUAGCCCCC